GUACUGAAUAUGACGCUAACAUGCCGGUGUUGAAAUGAAGACGUUUAGUUUAUAAACUCGCGUUCUUUUAGAUUUUCUGCAACAUGACCGCCUAUGCCUUCCUGUCCAGACUGUCCCCUCUGCUCAGAGGCCGGUUCGGUUGUAAAGUUCGGGCGAUUUCAUGCACUGUCACCUGCUCCCAGCUCCACAAAGUGGAGGGACCCGGCGGUUUGACAGGCAAAGUGGAUCGGUUCGGUGGUGUGACAGUGAACCUGGCUGAGGUCGGACUCCCGGUGGACAUAAGCGAAGAUGCAUUCAGCAGAUUGCUGAAAGACUCUCUGGUCCAGUGGAAAGCUGAAGGGAAGAUGGCGGUGUGGCUACAAGUUCCCAUCUCACUGAGUCGAUGCGCCGCUGCAGCAGCGACUCACGGCUUCACUUUCCAUCACGCCAAAAGCGACCACACCAUGCUGGCUCUGUGGAUGGGAGAAGGAGAAAGCAGGCUGCCGGGGUUUGCUACUCAUCAGGUUGGAGUGGCAGGUGCGGUCCUUGAUGAGUCCACUGGAAAAGUUCUGGUUGUCCAAGACAAAAAUAAGACCAAGAACGCCUGGAAGUUUCCUGGCGGCUUAUCCGAUCCAGGAGAGAAUAUCGGUUCCACCGCUGUUCGUGAAGUGUUUGAAGAGACAGGGGUGCGCUCCAAGUUCAGGUCCCUGCUCAGCAUCCGGCAGCAGCACCAGCACCCGGGCGCCUUCGACAUGUCGGACAUGUACCUCAUCUGCCGGCUGAGCCCGCUCACCUACGACAUUAACUUCUGCCCUCACGAGUGUCUGCGCUGCGAGUGGCUGAGGGUGAGCGAGCUGGCCGAGACCAGCAGCACCACGCCCAUCACGGCCCGCGUCGCCCGGCUGCUGCUGCACGGCCUGGAGCACGGCUUCGACAAGAUCGACCUCAAAAUGGAAGAGCUGCCGGCCGUCUACUCUGGGAUGUUCUACCAGCUGUACCACAGACAGCUUCCUGCUAAAUCCUAGAGCUCAGCUGGUGUUUUAAUGCCCAGUGUUAACCGGGACUCUUUAGGUACUGCAGAUUCUGUAGUUUUCACUUACUCAGGAUUAGGACUGCAGCUAACGUUUAUUUUAGUAAUUGAUUAUUCUAUCAACUAAUUGAUCAUUUUUAUUUAUUUAUUUAACCAUUUAAGCCUUUUA